AGUCAUGCAUGAUUGGUUUAUACUAGCUAUGUUGUCAUUGAAGCCCAACUAAAAGGAUUUCAGGUUUGUCAUUGAUGGUAUAGUUUUGGUUAGCGCAAAUCUUGACAUCUUCGCGUGUAUAAAACAUGGCGGUGAUCCACAUGACGUGUAUAAAGGAGGUGAAUAGAUCGGCGUCGUUGGCGUUUGCGACAGACACGCCCUUCCUCGCUACAGGGACAAUGGCGGGGGUGGUGGACGCGCACUUCAGUUCGUCGGCAAAUCUUGACAUCUUCAAGCUUGAUUUCACCUCCGUCGAGCAUCAGCUGCCUUUGGUCGGUUCGGAGCUCAGCUUUGAGAGUUUCAAUCGGCUGUCUUGGGGGAAAUAUUUGACAAAUUCGAAGGAGUUCUCUUUGGGAGAACAAGUUUCCAAACAAACAAGCUACUCUAGGUACUCUGUGUCUUUGUGUGUGUGCAUGUGUCUAUUUGUGAGAGAUUUGUUUUUCAAUUUGAAGGUGUACACUCUACAGCUGAUACCGUUUUGAGUAUUGCACCUUAAAGAACAUGAAUGUCAUGGAUGGGGAAGAGAGGAACAGAGAAAUUUUUUUUUGAUUGGUUGUAGUAGCCCAUUCCUUCCAUUUGUCACCAUACAUAAGAAUAUAUGAAUCCGAAGGAA